UAGCACUGAAUUACAAACUGGUCAGCAGCACUAGCAAGCCCCGGCGGAGAAGCCUCCAAUAAAAUGGGCUCGCCUCCAAGGGGGCAACAGCAGUUUGGGUGAAAUUUCCAAGCGGUUAACAUCUCCAGUCCCCAGAAGAUGAAAUCGGCAAUUGUUUUCCUGGCUUUGGUGGCUAUCUGCCACUCGGCUCCCUUGACCCCCAUCGAGGAGUCCCCAGUGGGUCUAUCCCGUCCCAGUCCCAUCAGUCCGGACGUGAUCAGUGACCCGAAGCCCGAGGAGAAAGUCGUUUUGCUUAAGGAUGUUCCAGCUGAAAAUCGGCAGAAGCGCGAUGAGCACCAGAAACCGGAUAGUGUGAAGGCUCGGGAACAGCUUCAUCACCAUUCCAGCCAGGAGCCCAUCCAGAAACCUGAUAGUGUCAAGGUCCUGGAACAGCUCCAUCAUCAUUCCAGCCUUGAGCCCCUCCAGAAGCCGGAUAGUGUAAAGGCCAAUGAGGGACUCCACAAGCACAAGAGGGACACCAAGGAGGUAGAAAAGCCUGAUAGUGUCAAGGUUCAGGAGCAGCUUCAUCAUCAUUCCAGCGAGGAGCCCCUCCAGAAGCCGGAUAGUGUUAAGGCCAGCGAAGGACUCAUUAAGCACAAGAGGGACAUCAAGGAGUCAGAGAAACCCGAUAAUGUCAAAGUUCAGGAGCAGCUUCAUCACCAUUCCAGCGAGUUGCCACAUGAGAAGCCAGAUAGUGUAAAGGCUAAUGAGGGACUCAUCAAGCACAAGAGGGAUACCAAGGAGGCAGAGAAGCCUGAUAGUGUCAAGGUUCAGGAGCAGCUUCAUCAUCAUUCCAGGGAGGAGCCUCAUGAGAAGCCUGAUAGUGUUAAAGCCAGCGAAGGACUCAUCAAGCACAAGAGGGACACCAAGGAGGUAGAAAAGCCUGAUAGUGUUAAGGCUCAGGAGCAGCUUCAUCAUCAUUCCAGCGAGGAGCCACAUGAAAAGCCCGAUAGUGUAAAGGCCAAUGAGGGCCUCAACAAGCACAAGAGGAACACCAAAGAGAUCGAAAAGAAGCAGACUCCUGUGGCUUUGAUCGGCGAGCUGCCCAAAGGUGAGGUUCCCCAAUCCGCUCCUUCUGUGGCACCUCCCUCGGACAGUGUAGCUGCACUGGCGGGCGUGCUGCCCGAGACUAAGAAGAGCAAGAGGGAAGCUCACCACGAGGAGGGACAUAACGAGAAGACGACCACUGUGGUGGAAACUAAGGAAAAGAAGGACUCCCAAGAGGGAAAGGACGAGCCCCAGCGUCUGCCCUACAACGCUCCCGGCCUAGUCGUCUCUCCCAAGAAGGAGAAGCGUGAGACCAUCCAGAAACCGGAUAGUGUAGUGGCCCGUGAAUUCCUCAACUACAACCCCCAGCGUGCCGAUGAACUAUCCGCGAGACUUAAGGCAGAACAGCGCCGGCAGCGUGAUAUUCCCGUUCCCACUGAGGUGAAGACCACUCCGGCGGAAGCCAAGUCAGAUAGCACCACGCCCCCUGCCUCGCACCGCCCCACCGCCAAGCCAGUGUCCGAAUUGUUCCACAAGGAGGCGGCCAUCCACAAGGCUGCGGAUGAUGACAAGGCUGAGGAAUGAGGGGAAAGCCAAGGCCUGAUCUCCGGACACGGAGUUGUUAAUUGGACCGUCACGUACUUUAAGUCAACGAAACUAAAAAAAUAAACUAAAAAAUGUUUACACGCUUA